UUCUGGUUAUUCCAUCGGCUUCAGCUUCAGCGUCAACUUUAGCAUCUUGAUUCCUUGUGUUCUCAAAAUAGGGUUUGCUCAAAAGAGUUACAAAGUGGCUGCUGAACUUGCUGCUCAAGGCAUUCUUCAUGCACUGGAUAUAGUUGCAAAAUUUCAGGUCUUAAGCUAUAGCAUAUGGACUUGAUUGAAUCAAUCCAUGAUAUCCCUGUGCAAAAUCCAUCAAUUGAAGAUUUCUCUGCUGCCGACCUAAAGUGGAUCAAGUUUGGCACUCCGGAACAUCAUGAUGAUGUGGCCCUAAUUCCUUAUGCUAGAGUUGAUGAGUUUAUUGUUGGAGAGUGUUCUAAUGUAGAAUGUCCAACCCGUUUCCACAUUGAGAGAGGAAGGAAACGUUCCAAAGGCAGCUUGUUGGAGUUCAAGAGUGAUGAAUAUUUGGAAUACAGGCUGUACUGGUGCUCGUUUGGUCCUGAAAAUUAUGGGGAAGGUGGAGUCAUAUUGCCAAGCCGAAGAUAUCGACUCAACACUCGAAAUCGUGCAGCUAGACCUCAGUCCAUGCGAGGUUGCACAUGUCAUUUUGUAGUAAAACGUUUGUAUGCCCGCCCAUCUCUUGCACUUGUAGUAUACAAUGACCGGCGUCAUGUGAAUAAGUCUGGAUUUAUCUGCCAUGGUCCCCUUGACCGGGAUGCAAUUGGCCCUGGAGCCAAGAAGAUUCCAUAUGUAGGCAAUGAGAUCCAACAGCAGACAAUGUCAAUGAUUUAUCUUGGUAUUCCUGAGGAGAAUGUUUUAGAGAAGCACAUAGAAGGGAUUCAGCGUUACUGUGGUUCAGAUGUGAAAGUGAACUCUCUUGCUUCCCAGUAUGUUCAUAAACUUGGGAUGAUUAUCAAACGUUCUACCCAUGAACUGGAUUUAGAUGACCAAGCAAGUGUCCGAAUAUGGGCUGAUCGUAAUAAAAAAUCCAUUUUCUAUUAUCAGGAUUCUUCCGAAACAGAACCUUUUAUUCUUGGUAUCCAAACUGAAUGGCAGUUACAGCAGAUGCUUCGUUUUGGACAUCGCAGCCUUAUAGCAGCUGACUCAACAUUUGGAAUCAAGAGAUUAAAGUAUCCUUUGUGCACUCUUCUUGUGUUUGAUUCGAGACAACAUGCACUCCCUGUAGCAUGGAUUAUCACUCCAAGUGUUGCCAAACCUGAUAUAUCUAAAUGGAUGAAAGCUUUACUAGCUCGUGUUCGUGCUGUUGACCCUGCAUGGAAGGUCAAUGGGUUUCUUAUUGAUGAUGCAGCAGCAGAGACUGAUCCUAUAAGGGAGACAUUUUCUUGUCCUAUACUAUUUUCUGUGUGGCGCGUUCGUCGGUCAUGGCUGAGACAUAUUGUCAAGAACUGUAGGAACAUUGAAGUUCAAAGAGAAAUCUUCAAACGCCUGGGAGAAAUAGUUUACAGCAUUUGGGGUGGAGUAAAUCCUUUUGUUGUCUUGGAGAAGUUCACCCAAGAUUUUGUUGACCAAACUGAUUUCAUGCAAUAUUUCACAGCCACAUGGGUGCCUAAGAUUGAAAUGUGGUUAACAACAAUGAAAACGCUCCCACUUGCAAGUCAGGAAGCGUCUGGUGCAAUUGAAGCCUAUCAUGUGAAGUUAAAGGUGAAACUUUUUGAUGAUUCACAUCUUGGUGCACUCCGGAGAGUUGAUUGGUUGGUGCACAAGUUAACGACCGAAUUGCACUCUAGCUACUGGCUAGAUCGUUAUGCAGAUGAAAGCGAUUCCUUCCAAACUGUGAAGGAGGAAUACAUUAAUUCUACAUCAUGGCACCGUGCAUUGCAAAUUCCCGACAUGGAUGUUACUUUAGACAACGACAACAACCUCUUUGCAAAGAUAGUGAGCCAAAAUGAUAGAAACCGUAUGCAUCUGGUGUGGAAUCCCGGGUCCGAGUUUGCUUUUUGUGAUUGUGAAUGGUCAUUGCGAGGGAAUCUCUGCAAGCAUGUAAUCAAAGUCAACAUGAUAUGUGAGAAUCUUCGAGGGUAUCAAAGUUCAAUGUCAUUUCAGUCAUAUCAGGAGAUACUUAUGAGCAUGUUCAAGAAACCACCAGAUGAUUCACUUGAACUUGAUCUGUCAAUAGCUUGGUCGCACCAAAUUCACGAUCAAAUUCAGAAACUUGUUGAAUUGAACAGGUCAACAGAUAUUGGCACUGUGGUCAAUAAUCUUCCAUUGAAGUGGGGUGACAAGAAAAACAGAACUGCAUUAGGCAGGCCGGCAACCAUGGGGCCUUCUCUGGCGCGGACCUCCCCUUCGAAGAACAUUAAUGUUCGUAAGAAGAGUCGUAAGAGGAAAAGAUUGUCACGCUUGAGGUAAGAGAUUCUUUAAUGUCCGCUAUCUCAAUAGUUUUGUUGUCUUUGUCUUCCAAUCCCAUAUUACACAAAUUUUUUACUAGUUAGCAAGAACAAUGUUUGAGCCCAAUGUUGUUCGUUAUGGGUUUAAAGUUGAAGUACAAUAGAAUUACCAGAAGUUGUAGAUAACAUUAUCCCGGUUAGCUGCCUUAAACCACAAGCAUACGCCUUUUUAAGCCGUAUAAAUUUUUUGUAUCUGAUUACACUUACUUCUAAUUGUAAGGAUCUGCGCCCUUUCUUCAGUUAGAAUCAUGUAGUAAUUGAUUUUCUACUUUAUUGUGCACCAUCUGUUUGGUAACUGUAUCAUUGUGAUGUGGACUAAUAUGCAUAUGCUUUUAAAUCUAAGGUGCUAGAGACCUAGUUGCAUAUCAAAUAUAGAUGCUUUUAAGAGCCUUCCUAGCUGUAAAUCUUCCAGACCUUGUGUACAA